AUGGCAUCCGAAGAACUUGCGCCUGAGAGCGCCAAAGCAGCCGUCUUGGUUCCGUCGGAGGCUAUUCCUGAAGGUGCAAAACAAGUCAAGGGCCUCGACUUUGAUCAGUAUGCCGAUCGAGACAUCACUGCCGCAGAGUUGGUCGAGAACAUGGUUACGAUGGGCUUCCAGGCCAGUUCCGUUGCUGAAGCGGCUCGCGUAAUAAACGACAUGAGAGCCUGGAGUGACCCAGAAACCGGUCAAAAGACUACAAUCUUCCUUGGCUACACUUCAAACCUGGUGUCUUCCGGCCUGCGCGAGACGAUCCGCUAUCUGGUCCAACACAAGCAUGUAUCCGCCAUCGUCACCACUGCUGGCGGUAUAGAAGAAGACUUUAUCAAGUGUCUUGCUCCCACCUACCUCGGCACCUUCUCCUCCCCUGGAGCCGGUCUUCGUUCCAAGGGCCUCAAUCGCAUUGGCAACCUCAUUGUGCCAAAUAGCAACUACUGUGCAUUUGAAGACUGGGUAGUUCCCAUCCUCGACACCCUCGUUGCAGAACAAGAAGCCUCCAAAUCGACAGACACGCCUCUACACUGGACACCAAGUAAGAUCAUCGCCCGCCUGGGCAAAGAGAUCAACAACCCUUCUUCCAUAUAUUAUUGGGCCUGGAAGAACUCCAUCCCCGUCUUCUGCCCCGCCCUCACGGACGGCAGUCUCGGUGACAUGAUGUACUUCCACACCUUCCGAUCCUCCCCCGACCAGUUACGAGUUGACAUCGUUGAGGACGUGCGCGCCAUCAACACCUUGAGCGUGCGCGCGAAGAGAGCGGGUAUGAUCAUCCUCGGCGGCGGGGUAGUCAAGCAUCACAUAGCUAAUGCAUGUCUGAUGCGCAACGGCGCCGAGAGCGCUGUGUACAUCAACACCGGACAGGAGUUUGACGGUAGUGAUGCAGGAGCCAGACCUGAUGAGGCCGUUAGCUGGGGGAAAAUCAAAGCCAAUGCAGACAGCGUUAAGGUAUACGCGGAAGCAACGGUGGUAUUCCCGCUCAUAGUUGCCGCGACUUUUGCACAGAAGAAACAGACUUGA